AUGGCCUGCUUUCGCCUUCCUACGGCCACUUGCCACUCUCUGGAGUCCAUUAUGGCAAACUUCUGGUGGGGUUUCAACGAUAAUAAUCGGCCCAAGACGCACUGGCAAAGUUGGCAAAAACUUUGUAGGUCCAAAAAGGAUGGUGGGCUCGGAUUCCUUUCUCUGGUCCACUUCAAUCUGGCUCUGUUGGCUAAACAAGCCUGGCGUGUAUUAAAACAACCAAACUUAAUUGUGUCCAAAAUCUUGGCUGUCAGGUAUUACCCAAACUCAUCUUUCCUAAACAGUUCUCUAGGUCACUCCCCCUCUUUCGUUUGGCGUAGUAUUUGUUGGGGAAAGGAGUUGCUGCACAAAGGACUCAUUACUAAAAUUGGUAACGGGCAUAACACUUCCACUACCCUUGAUUAUUGGAUCCCGAGUUUUCGUCAGGUUGUCCAUCUUUCUUCAGUUCCUGAUACGGUUGCUACCUUUAUCACUUCUACCAUGACUUGGGACAUUCCUAGCCUUAGGAGAUGCUACCCUCCUCAUGUUGUUGAGGAGAUUUUGUCCAUCCCCUUCCUCUCCAUCCUUCUAAUGAUGAGUUGA